ACAAUUGUUAUGAACGACUGCAUCAUCCGCGGUGACCUGGCCAACGUGCGGGUCGGGCGGCACUGUGUGGUGAAGAGCCGCAGUGUCAUCAGGCCACCCUUCAAGAAGUUCAGCAAGGGGGUGGCCUUCUUUCCUCUCCACAUUGGUGACCAUGUAUUCAUAGAAGAGGACUGUGUUGUCAACGCAGCCCAGAUUGGUUCCUACGUGCACAUAGGCAAGAACUGUGUCAUCGGUCGUAGAUGUGUGUUGAAAGACUGCUGCAAAAUCUUGGACAACACAGUACUCCCUCCUGAAACUGUAGUCCCACCUUUCACUGUCUUCUCAGGCUGCCCAGGACUCUUCUGUGGGGAGCUCCCAGAAUGCACGCAGGAACUCAUGAUCGAUGUUACCAAGAGCUAUUACCAGAAGUUCUUGCCACUCACUCAGGUGGCCUCUGCCAGGGCCUAAAACCAAGCUGCCACUGAGGAUCCCAAACACUCUGCACUGUUAACAUUCCUUACACUUGGCCACUUUCUCCUCCUGUCUCUGAAGCAUCCCUCUGACCUGGGCUCACCUCUCCGCCUCUCCAGCUCUGGGAAGAUG